AUCGCAGCCUUGAGCGUCCCUCCCCACCGACAACACCAGGCGCGCGCGCCUGCGCGGGCGACGGCCGCAUCCUAGACUGGACAGGCGCUCCGCCAUCACGCCGCAACAGGAACCCGUCAAUUCUUCCCUCCAGCCGGCCGUCUACUGUCACCGUCACCACCAUGUCCGAGUCUACCGAUGGAACGUCGCCGCACGGCGACGACAUCCAUGCAUCCAAUGGCCGGCCCUACGACAAGUACCAUUUCCAGGAAAAGAGCAUCCCCACGCACGGCCUGGAUUUCGAGGACGACGAGGACGAGGACAUUGACCAGCUCAUCGAGGACCUAGAGUCGCAGGACGGCGACAAUGCCGACUACGAAGAGGAGGAAAUCCAACAGCCCGGCGGCGCGCGCAUCAUCCCAGAGGAACUUCUCCAGACCGACACGCGCAUUGGCCUGACGUCCGCCGAGGUGCUCGUCCGCCGAAAAAAGUUUGGCCAAAACAAGAUGAAAGAGGAGAAGACCAACAACUGGAUCAAAUUCUUCAUGUUUUUCGUUGGCCCCAUUCAAUUUGUCAUGGAGGCGGCCGCCAUCCUCGCAGCGGGCCUCAAGGACUGGGUGGACUUUGGCGUCAUUUGCGGCUUGCUGCUCCUCAAUGCCAGUGUUGGCUUCAUCCAAGAAUUUCAGGCCGGCUCCAUUGUCGAGGAGCUGAAGAAAACCCUCGCGCUCAAGGCCACCGUGUUGCGCGAUGGCGCCCUGGUCGAGAUUGAAGCUCCUGAUGUCGUGCCCGGCGAUAUCCUGCAGGUGGAAGAAGGUGUCAUUGUCCCGGCCGACGGACGCAUUGUUACUGAAAAUGCCUUCAUACAAGUCGACCAGUCGUCCAUCACGGGCGAAUCACUGGCCGUCGAUAAACACCGAGGAGAUACCUGCUACGCUUCCUCGGCGGUAAAACGCGGAGAGGCUUUCAUCGUCAUCACAGCUACGGGCGACUCGACCUUUGUUGGCCGAGCUGCCUCGCUUGUCGCCAGCGCAUCCAGCGGGUCGGGGCACUUCACCCAGGUGCUGCACGACAUUGGCACUAUACUGUUGGUCCUUGUCAUUGUAUCCCUCCUGGUUGUUUGGAUCAGUUCCUUCUACAGGUCAAACGACAUAAUUAAAAUCCUCCGCUUCACACUCGCCAUCACCAUCGUCGGAGUGCCUGUCGGUCUUCCUGCCGUUGUAACAACAACAAUGGCAGUGGGUGCUGCAUACCUUGCCAAGAAGCAGGCCAUUGUCCAAAAGCUCUCUGCUAUAGAGUCGCUUGCCGGGGUCGAAAUACUCUGUUCAGACAAGACCGGAACCCUGACCAAGAACAAACUUUCCUUGGCCGACCCAUAUACCGUACCCGGCGUCGACCCGGAAGAUCUGAUGCUAACCGCUUGCCUGGCCGCUUCACGUAAGAAGAAAGGCAUCGACGCCAUUGACAAGGCGUUUCUCAAGUCUCUACGAUACUACCCGCGCGCAAAGCAUGUCUUGAGCAAGUACAAGGUCAUUCACUUCCAUCCAUUUGACCCCGUAUCCAAAAAGGUACAAGCCAUUGUGGAGUCUCCCCAGGGUGAACGCAUAACAUGCGUCAAAGGUGCACCGCUAUUUGUCCUUCGCACUGUCGAGGAAGACCAUCCCAUUCCUGAAAAUGUCGAAUUGGCCUACAAGAACAAGGUUGCCGAGUUUGCUACGCGCGGCUUUCGCUCGCUUGGUGUCGCUCGCAAGCGGGAAGAGGAAGGAUGGGAGAUUCUCGGCAUAAUGCCUUGCUCAGAUCCUCCGCGCCACGACACUUACCGAACUAUCAACGAAGCCAAGUCCUUGGGCCUGUCUAUCAAGAUGCUUACUGGGGAUGCCGUUGGGAUUGCACGAGAAACUUCCCGACAGCUCGGCCUGGGCACAAAUAUUUUCGAUGCUGAGAAGCUUGGUCUCAGUGGCGGUGGCGAGAUGCCCGGCUCCGAGUUUUAUGAUUUCGUCGAAGGCGCCGACGGCUUUGCUGAGGUGUUUCCACAGCACAAGUUUAAUGUUGUUGAGAUCUUGCAACAAAGAGGCUACCUUGUUGCAAUGACGGGUGAUGGUGUGAAUGACGCGCCGUCCCUGAAGAAGGCAGACACCGGUAUCGCCGUUCAGGGAGCUUCGGACGCUGCUUGUUCAGCUGCUGAUAUCGUCUUUCUCGCUCCUGGUCUUUCAGCCAUCAUCGACGCUCUGAAGACAUCGCGGCAAAUCUUCCAUCGCAUGUAUGCCUACGUUGUGUAUCGCAUUGCCCUUUCGCUUCACCUUGAAAUUUUCCUCGGUCUAUGGAUUGCCAUUCUGAAUGAAUCACUAAACCUCCAGCUGGUCGUGUUCAUUGCCAUCUUUGCUGACAUUGCAACGCUAGCUAUUGCCUACGACAAUGCACCAUACAGCAAAACUCCAGUCAAAUGGAAUCUGCCCAAGCUCUGGGGCAUGUCGAUCCUACUUGGUGUCAUUCUUGCCGUGGGGACUUGGAUCACUAUGACAACCAUGCUGCCUUACCUUACCGGUGAGCAGCAAGGCGUCAGCGGUGGCAUCGUUCAGAACCAUGGACAACGGGACCCUAUUCUGUUUCUCGAGAUUACAUUGACAGAAAAUUGGCUCAUCUUCAUCACUCGCGCCAAUGGUCCCUUCUGGUCAUCGAUCCCUUCAUGGCAGCUGGCGGGCGCUAUCUUUGUCGUAGACAUCCUUGCGACAUGCUUCACAAUAUUCGGAUGGUUUGUUGGUGGAAGAACCAACAUCGUUGCCGUUGUCCGUGUUUGGGCUUUCUCUUUUGGUAUCUUUUGCAUCAUGGCAGGUGUCUAUUACGUCUUGCAAGGAAGCCAAAGAUUUGACAGUCUCAUGCACGGGAAGCUACUCAAGCGAAAACAGAAGCAGAGGAGCCUUGAGGAUUUUGUUGUUUCACUACAGCGCGUUUCAACACAGCACGAAAAGACGACAUAGCAUAAUCGGCCUCCUCCGUCUACCCGUGACCGAUUGCUCAGCAGCGCUACACUGUGUUAGCAGGUCGUUUUUUUUAUUUAUUGGGAUUAUUCUGUUUGUGAAUUGGCCUGUGAGUGCAACCGCGCUUCAUGUCCAUCGGCAUUCUUUUUGUAUCAGUCAUCCCAUGAAGUUACUAUAUGUACAUACGUAGGGUCCUAGGGUUAGCUAGAGAGCUCUAGUUUCUCGCUUGUUUGUUGCGUCGCCAAGCACGAAUGCUGCAUGUAUCACUACUUU